UCCUUCCGUCCGGGUGCCGGCCAAGAGGUGGCCUGGGGGCUUCCCAGGAAACUCUCCGUGUCCCCGAGGAAGACCCGGUUUUAUGAGGCGCCCACAGCCUAAGAGAGGCAUUUCGCGUCCCAGACUGAGCGGAUCCCCCGGCGCCACUCGGCCGUGUCCUCCGAGGACGUCGCCUCUCUGGGUUCGAAUCCCGCCCCUUCAGGAAGCGACUGUGCGGGUUCGGGCGAGGCUGGAGGCGGAUGGGGCUUGUGGGCGCCGACUGCGUCUGGGCACCUGGCGGCUCAGGGGCUGGAGGUCCCGGUGACAGCUGGCGGGGGCGGGGCGGUCGCGGCCGUGGUCUCCGAUGGCGCCACUGCAGCCCGGGAGGGGGGUCCCAGGUCCGGGAAAGCGCCCCCAGAGCACCCACCCGACGCCUGCUGAGGGUGGUGCUGCCUAGGGAUCCGGAGAGAGCGCAGGGGCGUCGAGGGAGCGCCCUCGGGAGCCAGAAGCUUUGACCUGGAAAAUGCACUCUCACGUGGGAGAAGCACCCAGGACCCUCAGGUCGGGCCUGGCCCUGGCCAGGUCACCCAACACAGCCAGCGGCGUGAGUCCUUCCUGUACCGCUCCGAGAGCGACUACGAACUCUUGCCUAAGGCCAUGUCCCGGAACUCUUCAGUGGCCAGUGACCUACAUGGAGAAGACAUGAUUGUGACGCCCUUUGCCCAGGUCCUGGCCAGUCUGCGGACUGUUCGGAGCAAUGUUGCUGCGCUAGCCCACCUGCAAGGCCAAAGAGCAGCCAAGCAGACAUCCAUCGGGAACCCUCCACCUGGCUGUCAGCCCCCUCCUCCUCCAGAGGACACUGGGCAGAAGCUGGCCUUGGAGACACUGGAUGAGCUGGACUGGUGUCUGGAUCAGCUGGAGACACUGCAGACCCGGCACUCGGUGGGGGAGAUGGCCUCCAACAAGUUCAAGCGGAUGCUGACCCGGGAGCUGACUCACUUGUCUGAAACCAGCCGCUCGGGGAACCAGGUGUCAGAGUACAUUUCCCAAACCUUCCUGGACCAACAGACCGAGGUGGAGUUACCCAAGGGAACCCCCAAGGAACCCUCGAGGCCCAUGUCCCAGAUCAGCGGCCUGCAGGGGCUCCCCCACAGUGCCAGCCUCUCCACAGCCACCAUCCCAUGCUUUGGCGUCCAGACUGACCAGGAGGGGCAACUGGCCAAGGAACUGGAAGACACCAACAAGUGGGGGCUUGAUGUGUUCAAGGUGGCAGAGCUAAGUGGGAACCGGCCCCUCACAGCCAUCAUAUUCAGCAUCUUUCAGAAACGGGACCUGCUCAAGACGUUCCAGAUCCCAGUGGACACACUUGCCACCUACCUGCUGACGCUGGAGGGUCACUACCACGCCGACGUGGCCUACCACAACAGCCUGCAUGCCGCUGACGUGGCCCAGUCCACGCAUGUGCUGCUGGCCAUGCCCGCCCUGGAGGCUGUGUUCACAGACUUGGAAGUCCUGGCUGCCAUCUUUGCAAGCGCCAUCCAUGAUGUGGACCAUCCUGGGGUCUCCAACCAGUUUCUCAUUAACACCAACUCGGAGCUGGCGCUGAUGUACAAUGACGCCUCCGUGCUGGAGAACCACCACCUGGCUGUGGGCUUCAAGCUGCUGCAGGCAGAGAACUGCAACGUCUUCCGGAACCUCAGCACCAAGGAGUGGCUGAGUCUGCGCCGGAUGGUCAUUGACAUAGCACACAUGGUCAUAGGGAGAUUUGGGGAGCACCAAGUCAGGUUCCUCACAGCUUCAAGACCACCUAUGGCUCCCAUGGCCCUCUGGGUGCUGGCCACUGACAUGUCCAAACACAUGAACCUCCUGGCUGACCUCAAGACCAUGGUGGAGACCAAGAAAGUGACGAGCCUGGGAGUCCUGCUGCUGGACAACUACUCGGACCGCAUCCAGGUCUUGCAGAACCUGGUGCACUGUGCUGACCUCAGCAACCCCACUAAGCCGCUGCCCCUGUACCGCCAGUGGACAGACCGAAUCAUGGCUGAGUUCUUCCAGCAGGGAGACCGUGAGCGGGAGUCGGGCCUGGACAUCAGCCCCAUGUGUGACAAGCACACAGCCUCGGUGGAGAAGUCCCAGGUGGGUUUCAUUGACUACAUCGCCCACCCACUGUGGGAGACCUGGGCUGACCUGGUACACCCAGAUGCACAGGACCUGCUGGACACACUAGAGGACAACCGCGAGUGGUACCUGAGCAAGAUCCCCCGCAGCCCCGUGGAUCCCACCAGCCCUGAGCAGGGCGGCCUUGACAGAUUCCAGUUUGAGCUGACUCUGGAGGAGGCAGAAGAGGAGGAGGAGGAGGAGGAGGAGGGAAUGUUGGCCCAAGAGGCCUCAGAGUCACCUGACACUGACCUCCUGUCCCCUGAGGCCAGCUCAGACCCUGGGGCCUUAUGCCUAGACAACCAGAGGACCGUGGGCAAACCCUGCAUGGACCAUGAGGGCAAUGUAACGGCUGAGCCAUCUGGCUCCUAAUGGCCCCUAAUGAGUGGGUGGACUUUCCAGGAAGAGGUUCCAGAUGACUCAUGCCUUGCCUUCUCCACACAUUGAGGGGGACAGCCUUAGUUAUAGGCAAGUUUCAGGAUUGAAGCUGGCUGGGGUCCACUCUGACCCCGGGCUCUGCUGAGCUCUCCUCCUCCAGCGUCAGCUCUGACGUUGGGGCUGGGUCAGGCCCAGCUUCGCCAGUGGUCACUCUUGAGCCACACCCAUCACUUGCUCUUUCGUUCUUUAUCAGAUAUUUAUUGGGCACAUACUGUGUGCCAGGCCUGCGCCUGCUCUGUGCCCCUGGGGCAGCCCUGUGCAACGGGGUGAGGAGUCAGCCCCAAGGAGAUGCCCCCACAGGCACCUCCCUUUCAUCUGCUGGGGACCUUGAAUGGGGAAAAGCUUUGUCCAGUCCCAACUCUGGUUCUGGAGCUCUGGAGGGGGUGGUCAGGGGGCAGCAGAGAGAGGGCUCUGUGUGGAGACAUCUCUGAAGAUUGAUGUGGCCUGUUGCUGCUUGUGCAUCAGUUAUUGCUUUAAGUAGCUGUGGUUUCUGUCUUCAGGUGCCUCUGGGUGCACCUGUUCUCUCUGACCUCAGGACCUCCUGCUGGCCAUCCCCCCAUUCUCCUACUUAUAGAACAGCAACAAAAGCACACAAUUCCUGUCACCCGUACCGCGGGUCUCUGUCUCUCCCAAUUCUGAGGGUGCCCCAGACACCUCCUAGGAAAGCCUCCUGGGCCUCAGUUUCCCCUCUAUGGCCUGAUCCUAGUAUUUGGGUAAACUUUGGUUGAGAGGUAGUGUCUGUGAGCACCCUGAAAUAUCUUAGAAAUCUGGGGCAUUGAACGUUUCUCUGGAGUUAAAUAAACCUUAUUAACUUAAACUAGUAUGUCUAUUUCAUGGAUGGGGAAACUGAGGCACAGAGCAGUCCUGUGGCCUACUCUAGGCCACGCUGCUGGGUGCUGGACAUUAGCUCGCGGCGCCCCCUGGUGGCGGGAGGCGCGGCGAAUUUGGGGGUCCUGUUCUCCUGGCUGGCCUCCCUCCCCUAUGGCAUCUCGCUUGCUGGAUCAGCCGAGGGCAGGGGCGGAUAGGCCGCUCUGUGCUCAAGCGUCAGGUUCAGUUCCUGUCUCCGGAAGGCUCAGUCUUCCCCCCUGGAACUUGCCUCCUUCCCAGCGUGCCUGAACAUUUAUGUGUGACACAGGUCCUCCCAGCAUCCUCUGGCUUCCAGAACAGCUCCCUUCAUUACUAAAUCACUCCACUGAUAAUUCAUCAUCACAAUCAAUGAUGAAAUUCCACAGAGGGAAAAUUAAACGUCAUCUGGGUCAUGAACUUGGUGAAUUUGCUUCUGGAUCUUUAAAAGGCAAACAUUUUUUAGGGAAUGAUUAUUUGCAAUUUUCCUCCCUGCCCCUUGACUUACAAGUAAUGCAUGCUCACCUUAGAUAAUUUGCAAAUAAUGGAAAGAAUAAAAUAAAGUUGUUAUAACCUCAUUC